CGCAACCGCAACCGCACAACAAUCUUUCGACCAUGAGCGGAGCAAGCAAGAACGAGAACCGCAACAACGGCAGCACCGCAACAGGUUCCAAGCGAGAGCGAAAAAGCAUUAAGACGGCCUCGGACCAUCUCGCGCAGACGGCCAUUGCCGCAACCGCGGGGAAGGACAACUGGCAAACAUGGGCGGGUCGAAAACACGGGACGGAAGACCUCGAAUACCUCGACAUCUUUCGCGGAAUGAAGCGAGUUUUUGCCAACCGCUUCCUGGUGAAAGCACCUUCUAAGGGAACGUCAUGCCCGAUUUGUUUCUGCGAGCCCGAGGCUCCGUCGGAGUGGCACGUUACGUGGUGCGGGCACGCUGUGUGCAAGGAUUGCCUGGCCCGGUACGCCGCCAGCCACGUCGCCGAUCCGGAGCAAUCGGGCCCCCUGAAGUGUCCUAUUUGCCUCAAGACCCUCCGAGAAAGGGAUGCGAUUGCCGCCAUGAUGGCGGGCGACAACCAAAAGGAACUGAUCCAGCAGUGGGACACGAAAACCCGCGACCAUCUGCUGCGAGCGAUCCCCUCGUUCCAGUCGUGCCCAAAUUGCGACGGCGGCGGCGGAUUCGUGACGGCCGAGUGCCUGGCACCGCAGCAUCAGGAGCGACGAGAGGAGGCCAUCAAGAUACUGCUGAGACGGAACGUGUGGCUUCUAGGAAUUCUGGUCUCGUACUCGGCUCUGGUGUGGAUGAUUUCGAGGAGCAAGUCCCCGUCGGCUCACCUGGAUUUGUAUUGCAUGGUAGCUCCUAUAUAUGUGUUUGUAAAAAUGGGCAUGACGAUGCACUACUGGCUAGCUUCGAGAGCAAGAGAGGCACUCUUCCGUCCCAUAUCGGUGGGUUGUCCCUGUUGCGACAACGACUUCGUCUUGCCUGCUGAGUCGGCCCAUUUCGCAGACGAUGAAUCGUCCCGUUGGUUGAAAGCCAACACGAGGCCCUGCCCUUCCUGUUCCGUUCCCAUUGUGAAAACGGAGGGAUGCAACCACAUGAGGUGUUCCCACUGCAAAGCGGAUUUUUGCUGGGCGUGCAUGAGGCUCCAGACCACCUGCAGAGCCUACAGAUGCAACAACGGUGCUCGUUACGGCAACGCGUCUCCGUUCGAUGGCGGGGAGGCAUUACGGGAGCGGCGGCAAGCAUUGCGAAGUGAUGGUUCUAUACUUACGUACAUCGACCAUAUCAUUGGCAAUCGGAGAUGCCCGGAUCUAACCUACGGCGAUACGAUGCUAAUAUUGGCUUGCUUGUUGGGGAGACACCUGGGUUUGGUGUUAUAUUUGGAGCGCAAGAUUACCUACGUCCUCAUGAACGUGAUUCUACCGACGCUUUAUUACGUCCUACAAUUGGCCGUCCCUACCGCCAUGCUCUUCUCGGCAGCAAGGGACGCCGUAGCUAGGCGCGACAAUGCAAGGCGCGACAACGGAGAAGUACGAGUUCCGCGAGGCGUUCGAGGGAAUGGAGAUUUCAACGUGGUAGAAGCAUGGAACCAACACCAGAUAAACGAAGCGAUUCGACGAUCGAUAGACGAUACGUAAGAAUAUAGAGGAUCGAUUCCA